GUCCUCUAAAACAUAUCAAAAAUAAAAAAAAAUCAAAAUAGUGUUUUUUUGCAAAUCAAGUUUUAGUGACAAAAGUGAAAUUAAAAAUCACCAGUUUUUUUUACAGUGUAUCAUUUUUUUUCAGUGUAGUCCAUACCCAUACCUACAACUUUGACGAAGACACCAAAUCGAUCAAAAAAUUCCGCCAAAAGAUACAGAUUUUUGAAUUUCCACAUAUAAUUUUUGUAUGGGCAGCUGCCAAAUUUGUAUGGAGAAUUAUAUGGACAAACUAAUGAUGCAAAAUGGCUUUUUUGGGCAUACCAAAGGCCCCAAAAAAGUUUCAGCCGGAUUUAAAAAUACAGAAAAAAUCGGAUGACCGAAAUCUCAGUCUGCAACCCGUUAAGAUCGCCAUCUCUUUGUCUUGAAAUUAAAUUUUCAUUGUUUUCAGAAAAAAAUCUAGGAGGCAGACGAACUGUCGGGAAAAAUGUCUCUUAUUCUAAUCACAGGAAUGCCAGGCGUGGGUAAAACCACCAUCAUGCGUCACGUAGGCACCGAACUCCAGCGACGUGCAAUCGCAUUCGACGGUUUCUACACCGAAGAGCUGCGCAGUUCCAGCGGAGAGCGGUCCGGUUUCGACAUCGUUACAUUCGACGGUAAACGAGCACCACUUGCACGAACCAGCGACUCCAUUCGCAACGCUCCCGCCAAAAAUCGCGUCGGAAAGUACACCGUCUGCGUGACGGAAUUCGAAUCCGUAGCAUUGCCGGCGCUGGCCAUUCGAUCCACAGCCAAUCUGCUUCUGCUGGACGAGAUCGGCAAGAUGGAGCUAAAGUCGCGCCCCUUCGAGGACAGGCUGCAGCAGAUAGUGGACGCCGUCACGGCACCACCUGAGGGUCGGUUGAAGUUUGUGGCCACCGUGCCAUUAAAGGCCUCGCUAAACAUUGUGGAACGCUUGAAGCGGACGCCGGGCGUGCAGCUUUUCCACGUGACCGUGUCGAAUCGGGAUAAGAUGAGGCAGGAUAUUUUGGAGGCCGUCGUGAGGAUGGUGUGAAAAUGUGGACAAGUUCUGCCAAACUUAAAUUCAAUAAAACGAUUUUGUUGAAA